AUGGAACACUCUGCGGAUAGUUUUGAGUACUUAUUCCAUUUAUCAAAGGGUCUCAGCACAGAAUGCAGAGCCACCCGACAAGGAACGGAGCGAAUUGAGCUUUUAGUGCGGCGAUUGGCCAAAUUAACACAGACCUCGUACGAAGACCUGUCGAAAGAGCCGUCUCAGCAGGUAUGGGACGAAUAUAACAAGAUGAGCACCGAAAAUGAGAAAGACAGACUGAUACGAGAGAAUUACGCGUUGGUUUAUCAGAUAGAGUGUCAAGAAUACGUGUGCAAGCGGAUUUGGGCUCUAAUAGACCAGAUCGAAGAUCUCCUGGAGUCCAUAAAGCAGUUUGUGGUCGAACAGGGUGCCCACAGAGCACGUACAGAGUCUCAAUUCGUGGAAAAAGUAGUGCAAUCCCGAAUUAGGGCCGUGCAAAAGAGCUCCCGCAGUCUAACGGAAUCGGACAAAACAGCCCGAACCAAGCUGGAUCUGCUAAUACAGGAAUUGCAGGACGUUUGCAGGCAAAUAAACUGGGAUCAGGUUGCCCAAACAGUAGAAACUCGACAUCUCGAGGCCAAAAUUCUUCAAGCACAAGACAAAUACGGGAUUAAACUGAUAAAUAACUGA